UGACGUCACGCCUUUCAGGUGGCGAAACUGACGUGGCAUUGAUUACUUUUUGUGUUAUAUUUUUGUUUUAGAAAACGAUUUUCUAGCUGUAUUUAUAGCGUAUGGUUUGAUGUGAUCUUAUAUUUGAUAUCUGACAUAUUUAUUUGUUGUUAUAACGCACUGUUCGAACACAAUGGGGUUGACACUGUCCAGCGUUUUUACUCGACUGUUCGGAAAGAAACAAAUGCGAAUUCUCAUGGUUGGUCUGGAUGCUGCUGGAAAAACUACGAUCUUGUAUAAACUGAAACUCGGUGAAAUUGUUACAACUAUUCCAACAAUAGGUUUCAAUGUGGAGACGGUAGAGUACAAAAACAUCAACUUCACAGUGUGGGAUGUUGGUGGACAGGACAAGAUUCGACCUCUAUGGAGGCAUUACUUCCAGAACACACAAGGAUUAAUUUAUGUUGUUGACAGUAAUGAUCAGGAACGUAUGGAUGAGGCGAAGGAUGAACUGAACAAAAUGCUUCAAGAAGAUGAACUUAGGGAUGCGAAACUGCUUGUUUUUGCCAACAAACAGGACUUGCCAAACGCUGUAUCAUGUGCUGAUAUAACAUCACGGCUUGGUCUCAGUGAUCUUAGAAAUAGAGAUUGGUAUAUUCAGAGUGCCUGUGCGACGCAAGGAACUGGCUUGUACGAAGGACUGGACUGGUUAUCUCAGAAGCUUACUCAGUGAUGAUAUGUUUAGGGUUAUGUAUAUGUAUGAACAAUAUUCCAUGAUGAAUUCUGUCUGACGAGAGACUGAUACCAGCUUAUUCUCCAUCUAUUGGUUAGAAGAUGUGCUUUUUGCUCUUUUAGAGUUUUCGGUGACAUGUUAACACAACUACUAUCAUUUGGAUCUUGCAUGGAGCUGCCCAUUUUCAUGUAAUGAACCACAGCUCUCUGGAGCCAAAUAGUGGGAGAGAUUCAGUGAGGGAAUGUUUUUGGCAGAUGCAAGAAGGAAUCGCAAAACUGGAUGAGUGGAUGUGUAUUUUAUUGUGGUUUAUAUGAAAUGAAGUUACUGGAAACAUUGUUAAUAUUUUUGUUAAAAAUUCCAUUUUUAUUGGUGGGUUGUCGGGUCUUGUUUUUGAAAUUGUUUUCACUUGUUUUCCAGGCUAAAGUUGGUAGAAGUAAAUGUAUUAGGCUAAAGUACUAUCUGCAGAAGAAAGAAAAAAAAAAAUAAAUGAUAAUUAAAUAAAAUAAUGGUUCUUUGUAUAAUUGGCAGUCUAAGUGUUAAGCGAUCGUUCUAUGGUCAGACUUGUAUUUGAAACAAUUCGUAUGACUAUAGUCAACCCUACACUUCAAAUCUGUAUUGGAAGGAAAGCUUUUAAUUGUUUUUCGAGUCGUGGAAUUGAGACUGAAUCAGAUUUAAAAAGUAAUCAUAAUUUUUAAAAAAUUUUUUUCCAAAUCAAAUUUUUUUUUCAGUCGGUUUGAUUUUGGUGAGUAAGUUCGUCAUGGUAUACAAAGUAAUACAUUUGUUUCAUUUUCUCUCAAAUUUAUCACUUCAAUGUGUAUUUAAAACUUCAAUUACAUGUAUGUGAAAUUAAAAAACAAAUAGUUCUUCCUUGUGUAAUAUUAAAAAGAAAGUCAUAAAACUGCAAGGGAGGACGUGGGGAAAUAUUUUAGGGAGACUUGGAACAAAAGGCAUAUGGACUAACCCCGAAAAAGGCCAUUCCAAUAAAGUUUGGCAUUCAUGAAAUGAAAAUUGUAAGUGUUAAAAAAAGGGGUGCCUUAAUGUUUUUAGCAGGUACAGGUUCCCUUGGUGUCACCCCCUUGGAUCUACCCUUGUUUAAGUGUAAAUACAGCCUUUCUCUAAUAACCGAAAUUACUAGUCAGCCGUAAAGUUGACUCAUUUUAUCAUAUUGCAAUAUCGACAAAUGGUGUAUUAUUCUCCAUAAAUGUAUUUUUGUACAAAAUAUGGGAUCAUUUGUCCUUUUAUAACUUAUAUAUUCUCUUGUACAUUUCCAUUCCUGUUUAUAUAAUGCAGCCUGUAAUUGUGAAAGGUGCGUUCUAGAAAAUUUAAUGUGUUACUUUAUGCCAGGUUAUGUACAGGUGUUAAAAAUGUAAUUCAGUACAGUUUGUACAAGGUAGCAUUUGCUAGUUACGAAACAAUUUUUUUAAAUUAUAUUAGUACUGGGUAGUACUAAUAUAAUUAUUCAUGAUAGUUAAUACUGUUUGUAGAUGGAACUUGUGUAAUACAUGUAUAAAUGUGUAGCUACUAAUAGCUACGAGAAUUGUAAAUAAUAUCUGCUUUAAAAACAAAGAUUACAAACCAAUGCCACAAAAUGAUCUGUUAUGCCGAGUGAGGAUACAGUUGAUAUUUAUACAGGCCAUACCCAGCCUAAAAAAACGAGGGGAUGAGAGUAAAACUACAGUGAAGUAAAAAAAAAAUUAAAAAUUAAAAAUCCUGGUACAAUAAGUCUACUCGAGUUAAAUGGAACAGUUUUAUUUCUAAAACAAAAAUAUUUUCUUUUAAUCUUGGGGUUUUCUUUGGAAUGGGGGGGGGGCACCCCACCACCCCCCAUUAGGUACAGCCCAGCAAGAGUUCAAAAUAAACAGGUGCUGUAAAUAUUUGCUAUACAGGUUUGACUUGGAGAUUUUGCUAUAAAGGUUUGACUUGGAGAUUUUGCUAUAAAGAUAAUGACUUGGAGAUGACAUGUCGCAGAUCUAUUCCAUAAUGGGAACUGGUAUGGUUUGCUGAAAUUACAUCUUCACAGUUACAGACUUGCUUAGUUUCUACAAUCAUUCUUUUUCGGGGUUGUGUUUUUUUGCACAUGCAUGCAUUCUGACAAAUAAUCUAUGCACAUCUGAAGUCUAAAAAUAAACAAGCAAUCUCGUGCAUGCACUGUACACAGGGCACCUGAAAAUUCUCUUAACUAUUUUCACCUUUCUCUCCAUUUGUGCAAGUUCAGGUUUGCUUAAUCCAUUUGUCAUUCACACAUUCAUUAUAAGACAUGUACAGAUUUUAUGGGUUAAAGAAAGGAAAAUGGUUUCAUGAAAAUGAAUUUUUUUCAGUUCUUACAGGUCUGUGUAUAACAUGGAUGAACCUUGGUUGAGAAUUGGUAAAGAAAUAAAACGGUUCACAACCUUGUGUACUAAGUUUCCUACAGCACACACAUUCUAGUGCAUUAAUUAAUAAAAAUUAUUUUAAUAUAGUUUUCACCUGGUAUGACAUUUGAGAAAGAAUAUUAAAAUAUUAAUGCACUGUUAAAUAAAGACUAAAUCAU